GGCGUGAAACCAAACAAAUCACAACAAACACACAAUCAACAACAAAAAAAGACGCUUCUUCUUCGUGCAAAGUGUUUCAGCAUGUGCGCUCUUGCCGGGGUGCCGAAUAUUUGCAUACCAGGGCUUCCAGCCGCAUCGCAGCAUGUAUUAUAAACCAUCGGUUCCAAGAGCAGUGCAAUAGACGUAGUGUAGUUUAGUACAAACCGCCCCGUUUCCUCGCACGCAAUCACCAUGUCGUUGUUCCACUGGACGGAUGGCAACAUCCACACCACAGCCCUCACGCCCCGGGACUAUCAGACCGAGCUGCUGGCUACGGCUCGGGAAGAAAAUCUUAUCGUCUGUAUAGCGCACAAUUCCGCCAAAGAGUUCCUGGCCGUAAAGUUGAUCCAGUCGAUGCGCACCAAUCGCUGGAGCAGUCACCCUGAAGCACCGGGAAAAGCCAUCUACCUCACGCGAAUGGAUCGAAGCUUGCUGUCGUCGAUGGUUUCGAAUUUGACCGACCUACAGGUCGCCAACGUCGAUGAUGUGGAGGACAGUGAAGGGUCACACGAACCGGACGGUGCUUCCAACACGCCAGUGACGGAUGUUGCUUCGGCCGAUGUGCUGUUCUUCGGCAGUGAAACAACGUUGCUGCAGUACAUUGAGCAAGGUACGGUACGGGUGCAAGACAUAAGCCUGCUGAUUGUGGACGAAUGCCACAAAAACUACGGUCGACAGGAACUGUGGGAGAUCUGUGCUCGACUGACGCAUCAGGCACCGUCGUCCGAUAGGCCCGCUCAAAGGACGAGAAUCUUGGGAUUAGCUGGUCCAUUGCAUGGUGCGGGCUGUACACCGGAACGGUUGUGCUGGGAGCUGCAUUACCUUGAACGAUGCUUGCGUGCACGUAUCGAAACUGCGAGCGACAUCACAAGCGUUCUCAGAUUCAGCACAAAACCUACGGAACUAAUCCUGGAAUGCAUCCCACCCAAGCCAUCCAAUUUGACGCAGCUUCUUAGGAUGUUAAUACAGCGUCAGAUCGCUUUCCUGAAGCAGCAUCGCUACGAACCGCUAGCCGUGUACGGACUGGACGGUAACGAUAGCGCUAGUGAUAAGCCGGACACAGACGGGGAACCGGAGAAGGAUGAAGAAAACGAUGACCUGCGCCGUGAGCUAAAAUCCAUCCCCGAUCCCACGGUCGGUCCGUUGAGCUACCUAAAGCAGUAUCUCGAGCUGCUGGACGAGUUCGGACCCUGGGGCGCUGAUCGCGGUGCACUCGAACUUCUAACGACCAUCGACCAGGAGAAGGUGAAAGUGCCUUACGACCGGCACUUUCUUCUGUUCUGCAUGGUGUACACCACGCUGCUGCAGGCAAGAGCAACGGUGGCGUCCGUCUUCGCACAGCACGACACCGAACUGGAGCGCAUCAAGCGCUAUUCGACGCCCAAGGUUCGCCGCCUGCUCGAGGUGCUGGCAUGGUUCGGUGAACAACGCAACCGGCCGAAAGAUCGCAACCAACCGGCCACACUGCACCAUCAUCAGCAGGUGCACAAUCAGCAGCGCAUAUUGUACUGCUUCUGCCGCAACGUCGAGUGUAAAGAGCUGGAGAAAAGCUACCACACUUUCGGCGCCCAAAUAGCGGACGUUGAUGAGCGGAUCAAGCAGCUGGACGGUUUGCUAGCAUCCGUGCGCAAGCGAACCGAACGGUUGAACCUAAAGCACAAAGUCGUCGACAAUGCGGCCGCCGAGGGUGGUGGUACGCUAGGGGUGCAGUCACCCCGGCACGGUCACGAGAGCCGAGCAAACAAUUUCCGCCGCAAGCGAUUCGCGGGCGGGGGACAUUCGCACCACCGAUCGAACGACACGACCGAUGCGCUGUGCGGGUUAAUUUUCUGCAACAACCGGGCGAUGGCCCGCAUUCUUUACGUGCUGCUGUACGAGGUGUCCCGUUCGCAGCGGGAAUUUGAGUUCAUCAGCCCACAGUACACGGUGGACAAGGUGGCCACCAAUCCGCAAAACUGCCUCAAGCAGACCGCCAUCGAGCAUCGCAAGCAGGAGGAGGUGCUGAAACGCUUCCGGAUGCACGAAUGCAACCUGUUGAUUGGGACGUCCGUGUUGGAGGAGGGCAUCGAGCUGCCAAAGUGUAACCUAGUUAUUCGCUGGAACAGUCCCGCCAACUAUCGGUCCUACGCUCAGUGCAAGGGUCGGGCGAAAGCGCCGGGCGCGUACCAUGUGUUGUUUGUCACGCCGGAAAAUGCUGCCUCGUGCAACGAGCAACAGGAGGAUAUGGCAUCGAUCGAGGACGUUUCACUUGAUGGCAUGAUUCCGGAAGGGCCGGAAGACGACAAUACGCGCGAAACGAUCGGUGAUCAGGACCGAAGAAUGAUCGAAACAGCAACAGAUGCGAUGAUCGAGCAAGUUGCCAUCUACCGUGAAGUUGAAAAGCUUUUACUUGCCAAGUGCCGCAAUGGAGAGCCGCCCGAUUGGGAGCUGAAGCAUGCCGACUGCUUCAACCACUGCCUAGAAGUGUAUCGUCCGGGUAGUGGUGGUGCCGUUGCACUUCAAUCCAACGGAACGUGCGCCUCACUGUGGCUGGGAAAUGCCAUCCAAACACUCAACAAGUACUGUGCCAAGCUGCCGAGCGAUACGUUCACUAAGCUUACUCCGAUUUGGCGCUGUGCCACUACCGUCCGGAAGGGGCGCAAGCUGUACCAAUACACCAUUCGCCUGCCGAUAAACUCACCCUGGAAAGAAGACAUAUUGGGAUUACCGAUGCCCACGGAAACGCUAGCACGCAGGCUGGCUGCCUAUAUGACCUGCCGGAUGCUGCAUGCCGCUGGGGAGCUUGACAAUUCCUUUCAACCGUUCGGCAAGGAAGCCUUUCGUGCGUUCGAAGCGGACUGGGAAAACUUUGAGCUGGAGGAAUCGGACGCAAAAAUACUGUCCGAAAACAGCGACCCCAGACCGGGCACAACAAAACGGCGGCAAUAUUACUACAAAAGGAUCGCUUCCGUGUUCAACGAGUGUCGACCGGACGCUGAAACCGUCGCCUAUCUCUACCACAUACGCAUGGAGCUGAUCUGCCCCAUCCCCGAGGAGCAGAAUACGCGCGGGCGCAAAAUAUACGCACCGGAAGAAUCCGCACAAGGGUUUGGCAUUCUGACCACGAAACUGAUACCAAAGAUAAGCUCCUUUCCCAUAUUCACCCGGUCCGGCGAGGUGAAAGUGUCGCUCGAUCUGUGCCCGCAGCGGGUUAAACUGUCCGCCCAUCAGCUGGAGAUGGUAAACUGUUUCGUGAAGUACACGUUCACCAAAGUGUUGCGCUUGCAGAAGAGCCUGAUGCUGUACGAUGCGAACGCAACGGAGAACUGUUUCUUCAUCGUUCCGACGGUCAGGCAAGCUGUUGCGGGUGCGGCUGGUAAAGACGAACCACCGCUCCAAUCGGACGACGUGAUGGUGGACUGGGAGUUUGUGGAAAAGAUUGCCACGAACGUGCAUCGCAGCGGACCAACAUUCAUACCGGACGAGGCACGCAAGGGCUACACGUUCGAUGUGGGCAAAUUUCGGGACGCCGUUGUAAUGCCGUGGUAUCGGAACCGCGACCAGCCGCAGUACUUUUACGUGGCGGAAAUAUGCAACCAUCUGUCGCCGAAGAGCACCUUUCCCGGGUCGAACUACGCGACGUUCGAGGAGUAUUACCAUCGCAAGUACAAAAUCCACAUUCAGAACCAACGCCAGCCGCUGCUGGACGUUGACCAUACCAGUGCGCGGCUAAACUUCCUGACGCCCCGGUACGUUAACCGGAAGGGUGUAGCGUUGCCGACCAGCUCGGAGGAGACGAAGCGGGCCAAGCGUGAAAACUUGGAGCAGAAACAGAUCCUCGUUCCGGAGCUAUGCACGAUACAUCCGUUCCCUGCCUCGCUGUGGCGUGCGGCCGUCUGCCUGCCGUGCGUACUGUACCGCAUCAACGCGCUGCUGCUGGCGGAUGAGAUACGCCGCCAGGUGGCACGCGACCUGCGGCUGGGAUGGGAAAAUGUGGACGAGCUGCAGGAGGGCCAGUUCCAGUGGCCAAUGCUAAGCUUUGGCUGGAAUCUGGCCGAUGUGCUGCGCAAAACGAAGGAGCAGAAAAUUGCGCAAGCUCAGGAAGCGAUCGAUGCCAGUGCGCCGGAAGUGGAGGAUGAAGUGGAGCUAGACAAGGAAGCGCCGAACGUGCGUGAUGCUGCGGAGGUUGAUGAGGAAGAUGGGCUAAAGAUGGAAAACGGUGUUAUUGCUGAGGUUGAAAAGAGUCAGGUGGACGGAGAGGAUGAUACUGGCGAUAAAAAGACUGAUAGCGAUGGAACGCUGCUUGAAAUUGGUACAUGGUCGAACGAAAUGGCGGUAGGCGUUGGAACCGAUAACGAUAUGGGUGAAGAAGGUAGGAGAGGCGCAUCGUCACCCUCGUUCCUGCGGUACGAUUCCGACUGUUCCAGCAACAGCAGUGCCAAUUUCUACUCUUCGGACGAGUACGACGAAGAGGACGAUUACUACCUGUACGAUGGUUCGGAAAAACCGAAAAAUGCGAUAGAACCGAGUCAGGAGGCAGUAUCGGGCACGAACAAUGCGAACGAUUCGGGCGAUAAGCCGGGCAGUAGGAACCGGGCCAUCACGCAGUCACAGGACACGGUGGUGAAUCUGGGUGGGCGGUUGAAGAUCGAGUUCAAGUCGGAAACCGAUGCCGAAGCGAUCGAUUCCGAGUGUGAUCUGCAGCGGCAGCGAACGCAGCAGAGCAUCAUUGAGCGGUCACGCCAGAACGAUAUGCUCUAUCAGAGCUCGAAAAACGCGGUCGAUGGGUUCUGCUACUCGCCGAGCGAUCGGCAGUGCGCUGAGGAGCGGGAGCAAGCGGAGCAACGGUUUGAGCGGCAGAAAAAUCACACCAAAGACACCAUCCGCCAGCAGGGCAGCUUGGUGCGAUGGAACGAACCGCUGUCCGUAAGCCACUGGCGAUCGAAGCUGGACGAGUCGGAAGCGGCCACCCUUGGCGCACUGAUGGACGAUUUGGGCGGGCAACCGUUCACGGAGCUCGUACCGUACGUCGAGCCGGAGCAGCUGUUCGAGCUGCUUGUGCGAAACGGUAGCAGCGGGGAACGAUGGCUCCGAUUGCACGAUCUCUACUGCUUGAAUCGACCGUUCUUCCCGGAACGGUACACCAUCUUCCGGGGCGGUUCACAGUUUGAUAACUUUCUGGACGAAAGCUGCCAGGAAGGUGAGGGUGCUAGUUCGCCACCGAAAGUGAUCGAGCUGACUAUUUGCGAUCCUUUUCCGGCGAUAGCCGCCGGGCAGAUGGCUUGCAACUACAAACCGAAACAACAUUCCAUGCGGAGCGACGAAGCGAACAAGAACGGCCACGACAGUGCGGGUGUGCUCAGUACGACAGAUGAGGCCGGGGGUGUUGAUUACUUCAGUUUCGAUUAUCAACCAGAUUUGAGCCAACAUCCCGGUCCCAGUCCGGCUAUUAUCCUACAAGCGCUAACCAUGUCGAACGCCAACGAUGGCAUCAACCUGGAGCGAUUGGAAACGAUUGGCGAUUCCUUUCUGAAGUACGCCAUCACCACCUACCUCUACUGCCGGUACGACAACGUGCACGAGGGCAAGCUAAGCCACCUGCGGUCGAAGCAGGUGUCCAAUCUGAACCUUUACCGGUUGGGGCGCAGGAAGCGGUUGGGCGACUGCAUGAUUGCGGCCAAAUUUGAACCACACGAUAACUGGCUGCCACCCUGCUACUACGUGCCGAAGGAGCUAGAACAAACGUUGAUUGAUGCAAAGAUUCCUGCCUGCCAUUGGAAUCUGGCCGAUCUUCCAGACAUCAAGCGUCUGUCGUGCGCUGAAAUCUGUCAACUAGUCAAGGAACGUGCACGGGCCAAACGCAGAGAGGAUGUCGACCGGUUCGACCUACAACAUGCAGACGGCAACGGUGGUGAGGACGGAAAUGAAGACGACGACGAUGACGACGACGACGACGACGAUGAAGACGAUACAACCACUGGCGAAGGGAACGAGCACGAAGCGGACAAUGGGUCCUGCUACAUCCCGUACAAUUUAGUAACGCAGCACAGCAUCCCCGACAAAUCGGUGGCUGACUGUGUGGAAGCCCUGAUCGGUGCCUACCUCAUCGAAUGUGGCCCCCGCGGAGCGCUCCUCUUUAUGGCAUGGCUUGGCAUACGGGUGCUCCCCAUCCGUGAGCCGCCGGUGAAGCUUAAUUCAAACAACGAGACGGCGCUUACUCCUUACAAAGCUACUGGACAGAACGAUGGACCCCUGUCCACUGGCGUAACGAUUGCUGAGUAUGGUCACUGGGUUGCACCGCCCUCGCCCAUGGUGCGGGCCAACAUUACGUUCGGUGGCAUCGAAACCGGUGCCGCGGCAACGUCCCGCGAGCUGGCCCGGCUGCUGCAAGGGUUCGAGGAGUUCGAGCAGGCGCUUGGCUACCGCUUCCGGGACCGUUCCUACCUGCUGCAAGCCAUGACGCACGCUUCGUACAGCCCGAACCGGCUGACGGAUUGCUACCAGCGGCUGGAGUUUCUGGGCGAUGCCAUCCUCGACUACCUCAUUACGCGCCAUCUGUACGAGGACCGCCGGCAGCAUUCACCGGGCGCGCUCACAGACUUACGGUCGGCGCUGGUGAACAAUACCAUCUUUGCUUCGCUCGCCGUACGCCACGGAUUUCAUAAGUACUUCCUGCACCUGUCGCCCGGGCUGCAGGAGGUGAUCGAUCGCUUCGUUCGCAUCCAGCAAGAGAACGGGCAUCGCAUCACGGAGGAGGAAUACUACCUGCCGGACGAAGAUGACGAGCUGGGCGAGUACGGUGCGAUGGGGGAGGACGGUCCCGGCGAGGGCCGCGGUGUGGGGGAGGCGGAAGAUGUGGAAGUGCCGAAAGCGUUGGGCGACGUGUUCGAAUCGAUUGCCGGUGCCAUUUUCCUCGAUUCCGACAUGUCGCUCGAUACGGUGUGGAAGGUGUAUCGGAACAUGAUGGGACCGGAAAUAGAGAAAUUCAGCAGCUCGGUCCCAAAAUCCCCGAUACGCGAACUGCUCGAAAUGGAACCGGAGACGGCCAAAUUUGGCAAACCGGAGAAGCUGACGGACGGACGACGCGUGCGGGUAACGGUGGAAGUGUUCGGCAAAGGUACAUUCCGUGGCAUUGGAAGGAACUAUCGCAUCGCCAAGUGUACGGCGGCAAAGUGUGCCCUUCGCCAGCUCAAGAAGCUCGGCUAUGCCAACCAUCACAAGCGCCGAUAGACAGAUAAUGUAGCGCAAAUGCAUAAUUGCUAAUUGGUUCCUUAUAACGGUGCUGCGAUUGCACACUCAUUCAUUGUACUACUGUAUGUUAGUGAUAUAGAUUCCCUGGGGGGAGAAGAACGGGCUACGUGUAAGCUAAAUCGUAAUAAAAUUCGUGUCUGUGUCCGUGUAA